GCGCAGGCGCAGGCGCAGGCAAGCGCGCGCGGUGGUUGUCCGUCUCCCAGACCGUCCGCAUGAUGGUAAUUCCCGCGGCCGGUCUGGAAGGAGGGCUUGCCGUGGAAUCUCUUGCUUUCCGCCAGAUGGAGGAGGAUCGAGGUGGGGGCGGGGUUGGUUCCGCCAGCGAAAGUGGAGGUCUGGGGGAAACGGCUGCAGUCGGCGGAGCCCUUGUUGGCGGAGCGGGGGAGGAUUAUCGCGCGGGAUCGCAGCUGCUAAUCCACGGCGCAGAGGCGGCGGCCUCUCUCAAGCAAUCUGGUAAUGAUCCGCGGUACUUGGCGUUAUUGCGUUUUCUGAAAAGCCUCGCUACGCAUGUGCCACGUGGAGCUGCUAGCGAUGACGUUGGCGUUGGCGAUGACCAGGAAGCGGGAUUGGGAUCGCCAGCGCUGCUUCCGCCCACCGCAGCAGAGGAGGGGAGUAAUGGCGGCGGGGAGGUUUUGGCGGGAAACGACCACUGCAUUCCCGGGAAGAACGGCCAGAUCGGAUCUGCGGGACUGCCUGACGUGGAUGGCGGGAAGACGAAGAAAGGAUCGUCAACGACGACCAUGGAGAAGAAGGAGGCGGCGAUGGCGGGAGGAGGGGGAAGGACGGAGGGAGAGCACAUUGGCAAGAAGGCGGGAAAUGAUCGAGACGGCGCGCGCUGCGACCAGAGCAAGACGACGGAGGUGAUGAUGAUGACGAUGAUGACGAUGCCCAAGCCAAUGAUGAAAAAGGAGGAGGAGGAGGAGGAGGAGGAUGUCACUGAAGAGAGCAACCAGAAAGGUAGUGAGCAUGGUGGAAAUGGCGGGAAAAGUGAUGAGCGUGCGCGGGAAGAAGGAGGUGAUUGCAAUGGUAGAGAUGGGGAAAGGAUGGCUAUGGCGGAUGCAGAGACAGAUGGCAAACAGAUGGCACGAGAAGGUGGGAAGAAAGAAGGAGAGGGAGAGGUGGAGGAGGAGGAGGAGGAGGACGGAUUUGGCGGGAAGGUGGCCCUCGGUGGGGAGGAAGAAGGCGGGAGAGAGCGACUGUCUGGAUCGCAAUCCAGGUCGAAAUUGCCAGCAGGUAAUGAAGAAACGAUGAGCGCCGGCGAUGGCGUAGAGGCAGGUAAGAGGAGAAUGGAGAUCGAGAAGGAGAGAGGGGGCGGACCUACAGAAGGAGGAGGGCAAGGAGGGGGAGGAGGAAGCGGAGGAGGAGGAGGAGGAGUGGGAGGAGGAGGAGGAGGGUGCGCAGGAGGUCGGGGUGGGGGAGAAGAGAAGGGAAAACUGCCGCGCGGAGAGACAGAAGCGUUGGGAGAGGGAGGUGGAAAGGUCGGAGGAGAGGGAGGCAAGGAAGCUGUGGAGGAGGGGGAGGAAGAAGAUGAACCCUUGCUCCGUCCUGAGCAGAUUGCGAGGAUACGAGCGCAAAGGUUGGCUCUCAGCCUACCACCACAUUUGCCGGAGGAGUUCAAGAAGACCUGCCUAUUGGAACAACAAAGACUGAAGCUAUUGGCUUUACAGAGGAAGGUCCGUUACGAGGUGGGUGCAGAGAAGAAGCUCCAGGAGAGGUGCACACCUGAUGUCCUGUGUGAUUGGGGAUUAAUGAGACUAAGAAGAGACGAGGUGGUUCGGGCGCUUGCAAGAUCAGAUGGGCGGUACGUGGACAGCAGAGCAUACAUGGGAGUCGAGUCCGAUGAUCUGCAGAGGAGGAAGAGAGAGGCUGAGAGGCAGAGGAGGGCAGAGGAGGAGGAACGAACAAGGCUUGUGCUGGCAAGAAAGCGUUUUCUGACGGAACUGUUUAAUUUCGUCAGAGAGUUUUCAGUCCAGCAGCAGCAGGUGUUGAAGCGGCGGAAACAGCGAAACGACUUCAUACAGGGAUGGCAUGGUAAGCAACGGCAGCGUGCAAGCAGGGCGGAGCGAUUGCGAGUGCAGGCAUUGAAGAACGAUGAUCAAGAAGCAUACAUGAGACUUGUGGAGGAGAGCAAGAACGAGCGGCUGAAAACGCUUUUGGGAAAGACUGAUGAGCUGUUGAGAAAGCUGGGAGCUAUGGUGAAGAAGCAGAAAGAGGUGCAGAAUGACGGGGGAGAAGCGGAGAAGAAAGAGGAUAGACAGGGUCGUGACGGCGGUGGCGACAAUGAGGACAAUUCUGGGAAGAAGAAAGACUACAUGGAGGGACAACGGCGGUACAAUUCCAUGGUUCAUACUGUUGAGGAGAAGGUAACCAAGCAACCAUCCAUGCUUGAAGGUGGCCAGCUCAGACAGUACCAGAUUGAAGGGUUGCAAUGGAUGCUGUCUCUCUACAACAACAAUCUAAAUGGCAUCUUGGCAGACGAGAUGGGCCUCGGGAAAACGAUUCAGACCAUUUCCCUGAUCGCCUACCUGAUAGAGAACAAGGGUGUGAUGGGUCCGCACCUGAUUGUCGCACCGAAGGCUGUUUUACCCAACUGGGUCAGCGAGUUCACGCAUUGGGCACCAACCAUUAGUUGCGUGCUUUACGACGGGAAGGUGGAGGAUCGCAAGCAGGUCCGGGAGGACUGGAUAAACGGCUCAAAAUUCAGUGUGCUGAUGACUCAUUACGACCUCAUUAUGCGCGAUAAGGCGUUUCUCAAGAAAAUAUCUUGGAACUAUCUAAUUGUGGAUGAAGGUCAUCGGCUCAAGAACCAUGAGUGCAUGCUUGCGCGGACUAUUGUCACUGGGUAUCAGAUUCGUCGGAGAGUGUUGCUUACGGGAACUCCAAUCCAAAACAGUUUGUCCGAGUUGUGGUCGCUAUUGAAUUUUUUGUUGCCGACCAUCUUCAACUCGAGUCAAAAUUUUGAAGAAUGGUUCAAUGCUCCAUUUGCCAACAGCACAGAUGUGACGCUCACCGAGGAGGAGCAGCUGCUGGUCAUCCGUCGACUUCAUCAUGUAAUCCGUCCAUUUUUGUUGCGACGAAAGAAAUCGGAGGUCGAGAAGUUUCUUCCGGGGAAGACUCAGGUCAUUUUGAAGUGCGAUUUGUCUGCUUGGCAGCGUGCCUACUACCACCAGAUUUUGAAUUCCAGUCGGGUAGGUCUCGAUGUCGGGAGCGGAAGGUCUCGGGCUCUGCAGAACACCGCGAUGCAACUCCGGAAAUGCUGCAAUCACCCGUACCUGUUUCUAGAAGGAAUGGAUCACCGACCGAGAACCGACGAGAUAGUACGCUCCAGCGGGAAGUUUGAACUGCUCGAUCGGCUUCUGCCGAAGCUGAAGCUGGCUGGUCAUCGCAUUCUCCUCUUUUCACAAAUGACUCGCCUCAUGGACGUUCUCGAGGAUUACCUGGAAAUGCGCGGGUUCAGGUAUCUGCGACUGGACGGGAACACGAAGACUGAAGACCGGGGCGUUCUUCUGAAGAAAUUCAAUGCGCCCGACUCACCGUAUUUCAUGUUUUUGCUGAGUACUCGUGCGGGCGGGCUUGGUCUCAACCUCCAGACGGCUGAUACUGUCAUCUUGUUUGACAGCGAUUGGAACCCUCAGAUGGAUCAACAGGCAGAAGAUCGUGCGCACAGGAUUGGCCAGAAGAAGGAAGUGCGCGUGUUUGUGCUUGUUAGCGUCGGAAGCAUCGAGGAGGAGAUCCUGGAAAGGGCCAAGUCGAAAAUGGGGAUCGAUGCAAAGGUCAUUCAGGCUGGUUUAUUCAACACGACUUCCACAGCGCAGGAACGAAGGGAGAUGCUGGAAGAAAUCAUGCGCAGAGGGACAGAAAAGCUCGGGAAGGAUGUUCCCACGGAAAGAGACAUAAACCGGCUUGCGGCACGCGAUGAAGGGGAGUUUGAAUUCUUUGAGAAAAUGGAUGAAGAGAGGAGAAGAGAGGACUCCCGCAGUCGCUUAAUGGAAGAGCACGAGAUUCCAUCGUGGGUCUUCUUGGAGGAACCAGCCGAAGAUAAGAGCAGAACUGGCAAAGCCGGAGAUGCUGGAGGGGUUAUGGGAAAGAGGAGGAGGAAGGAAGUGGUUUACGCUGAUGUGUUGAGCGACAAUCAAUGGUUGAAGAUAAUCGAAGAUGGAGAAGACCUUGGUGAGGUCAUCAGGGAGAAGAUAAGGAGGAGGAGGAGGAGACAAGAAGCGAGGGAGAAGAAGGAAGCAGCAGACUCUGAGGAAAUUGUAGGCGAGAUUGAGGAGGCAGUUGAUGGUGCGCCAGCAGACGUGGAGGAUGGAGAAGCAGCAGGCCAAGCUGAGGAGGCAGAGGGCCAAGGGGCGGAGGAAGUGGAUUAUCGGUGGGAGGAGUACCAGAUUCAGAACGAUGUCGGAAAAGGUGAGAGGUCGGACGGCAUGCAAGAUAAACGGUUACCGGAGGCAGACUUAGCACUCCCAGCAGCAGUCAUCCCUGCUGAAAUUGAAGGAAGAAAAACCAACAAGAGGAGUGUGAAAUCGUGGAACGAGGGUCGGCACCGACACCGGAGGGACAGCGAUCGGGAUGUUGCCGAGGCCCCGGGGGAAGGUCCAAGUUUGGAUAUCGAGCGGCAAGAUGCAGGCGGAUUCUCGAGCGAAGAUGGGGCCCGUUGGGCGACGAACAAGGAAAGGCGCAGAAGGAGAGAGAGAGAACGAGGAGCUGAUCCUGCAGCUGUCCAUCGACCGGCUGACAGCGAGCUCGGUCAGGAGAGGGGAAACCAAGUUGUCGAUUGGGGAGGGGCACGCGAUGAGAAUCAAGCAGCAGAGCAACAAGGAUUACGGGAUGGAAAUGGAGGUGGCGAGCACGACAGAGUGAGAGAGAUAGAGAGGGGUUGGGAGACUGGGAGGCAUCGGACGAAGGUGCGGCUGAGGGAUCGGGAGUCGGCGGAGUCACGGUUGUUUGCGGUGCCAAAAAUCGAAGGUGUUGACGCAGGCCCCGAUCCGUUCAGAGGGUGGGCCAGGCCAGAGGAUAACAAAGCGAGGCCAACUCACACAGAGGAAGAGAAAGUGGCAGCGGUUGUCGAGAGGGGGAAGUUUCAAUGGGUGCGAGAUGAUAAGGGUGAUAAGGCGGGGAACGCAAGUGAGCUAUUUGCUCUCGCAGAACCUGGGGGUGAAGCGGCAAGUGUGACGGGAAGUGUACCGGGGAUUGAUGAUACUACGAAGGUCCGGAUCCGUGGGGUGGGUCAGAUUACCAGUCCCAGUACACCAAAGGGUGCAGAUUUUCAAGGCUUCCCAUCCACGAGUCAAAAACGGCAGCGAGGCUCGCGUAGACCUAGAGACUAUGGCGGUUUCAUGUCUUUCGCAGUUGAUGACAGGGACAAGGCAAAGAUUGGAGUGAAAGAAGGUGGCAUGGCUGUGGAUGUUGGCAAGGAGGAGGGGAGAGGAAGACAGGAGAGGCAGAGGGAGAGGGAGAGGGAAAUCGAGAGGGAGAGGGAGAGGCAGAGGGAGAGGGAGAGGGUUUGCGAAAGGAAACAAGAGGUUAAGGAAGAGCCGCCCACACAUUCAAAUGAUUACUUUGUGGGGGGAGAUGCAGCUCCUAACAGCGCAAAGAAGCGAAGGCUCAAAUUGGAUGUAAUUGGAAGUGGGGAGCUGGGGAGGAGUGGGCAAGCCAGCAGCAGCAAGGGAGUGGAAAGGAGUGGAUGGGGCGGAGGAAGAUAUGGAGGGCCUUGGUCAGCCAUUGCAUCGUCCAACAGUAGGCCUGAAGUUGACGCCAACAGUGGUUGCCGUUCGGGAAGUAGUCCCGGUGAUGGCAAGAAGCUGCUGAAGGACAGACGAAUUGGUGAGGAGAUGUGGCAGAGGAGGGAUGCAUGGGGAGGUCUUGAGGCGCAAGAGCCGGUAGAGGAGCCUCUGGAAAUCCUGGAUGGGGUGCAACUGCUUCGCCAAAAGGGGCUCUACGGUCCUGUGAAAGGCAAGCGCAAACAUAGGGGUCUAUAAUAGCGGGCUGCACAUAUUAUGCACAGAAGCAUGUUUGUUUUGUUUGCAGGUGUACUUGGUUUUCUGCUUGCGUGCAUCCAUUUGUGUGUGUGUGUGUGUGUGUGUGUGUGUGUGUGUGUGUGUGUGUGUGUGUGUAGCACAUUUUUGUGUGCGUGUGACUGAGUAGUAAGGGUGUAUGCGCCUGCGUUCGUGUGUGUGAAAGAGGGGGUUAGAGAGAGAGAGAGAGAGAGAGAGAGAGAGAGAGAGAGAGAGAGAGAGAGAGAGAGAGAGAGAGAGAGAGAGAGGAGGGGCGUAGGGACAAAGAGUUUUGAGGGCCAGUUCUUGCAGGUUGUGAGCCCUAAUUGUGGAGGUAGUCUCUCAGAAGCUGAGUCUGAGAAUGGCUGUGAGGUUUUGAAAUGAGAUUUGUGUUUAGUCUAUGUGGCCUUGUAUUUUAAUCCGAUCAGAGAGAGCGCUGCAUGGGCAUGUUUACACAUGCUUUGCUUUGGAGCUAUUUCCCCUCCGUUUCUAGACCUUCUCCCUUUCUUCGCUUUUGAAACCUGUUUUUUUAUGUUGUUUCCAUUUUGAUAUCCUUGUGUCAUAGCGUUUGUACGCAUCUACGCAUGUAGUAGGCAGUACCGGUGUCGGACAUACCCAGGAAGCCCCACUGGUGAGCAUGUCUGUGAAUGCUCGCCAGUGGAAGUGCAAGGGAGAAAAUUUGAGAAUAGCUCAGCGUGCAUGUGCCCCUGCCUCCUUCCUCUCACACAGUCUACAGGGGCCCACAGGUACCCACCUAUUGGGCGUCAGGGGGCAUCAGGGUCUUGGACAGGUCUCUAGGUGUCAGACAUACCCAGGAGGCCCCAUUGGUGAGCAUGUCUGCGAAUGCUCGCUAGUGGAGUUGGUAGGAGGAAGUGCAAGGGAGAAAAAUUGAGAAUAGCUCAGCGUGCAUGUGCCCCUGCCUCCUUCCUCUCACACAGUCUACAGGGGGCCUUAGGUACCCAUUGGGCCUCAGGGGGCAUCAGGGCCUUGGGCGAGUCUCUAGACACACCCGGGCAUCGUGCAGUGCUUUGCGUCUCAAGAUUCUAAGUUGUGCUUAAUUAAGAGGCUUCAACCCCCUGACCGGACCGAGUACUUGCUGGUGGGGCGGAGUUCUCUCUUUUUCCUCUCACGGGGUCCCCUUGGCGGGAUAUUUUACUACUCUGCAGGAUGCUUGUGCCAGAUCGCGCUUAUUCGAAGCCGAAGUCGAUGUCGAUGUCCCUCGGAGGCAUCAGCUAGCCCCAUCCCAUUAACAUCCACAGGGGGGACUCGGGAUCAGGAGGUGGAACCAGUAUGGGCCCGCGAUCGGGGGUUGGAACUGGAGGUGGAACUAGUAUGGGCUUGGGCCCACGAUCGGGGGGGGUGGAACUGGUAUGGGCCCGCAAUCAGGGGGUGGAACUGGUAAGGAUUGUAUUGACCAGUUCCACCCCCCGAUCGUGGGCCCAUAUCGGUCCCAAUUUAUCGGUCCCAAUUUUCUCAUAUGAUUUCACAUGGGAACAUUUAUAUGGCCCAUUGCUCCCCUCAUUGCGUGCUAUGCGUACCAUAUUUCACCGUCUCUGUCCUCUCCAUGAAUGAAUGAGAAGCUGCUCU